UAGUCUGUGUUUAAUCGUAAAAUCGUCAAUUAAAAAGCGAUGAUUGAACCGAAUCAAGAGAACAGCCAAGGUGGAUUGCGUGUGGAUGGUAGACGAGCGUUGGAAUUGCGGCAAAUUCGCAUACGUAUGGGAGUAUUCGGACAAGCCGAUGGCAGCGCGUACAUAGAACAUGGCAACACGAAAGUUUUGGCCGCGGUAUACGGCCCUCAUCAGCCAAGAAGCAACACAGCAAAAAACACUGCAAAAGCUCUCGUAAAUUGCCAAUACAGCAUGGCUGUGUUCAGUUUCACCUCUGGUGAACGGAAACGAAGACCAAGAGGGGACUGGAAAUCACAAGAGAGAUCGGUGCAGUUACGCCAUGCAAUGGAGGCCAUAAUACACCUAGAAUUGUAUCCACGUUCUCAGAUUGACAUCUUCGUGGAAGUGUUACAAGUCGACGGUAGUGAUUACUGCGCGUCCGUAAAUGCGGCAACACUCGCCUUAAUCGAUGCUGGAAUUCCAAUUAAGAAUUACGCCAUAGGAUGUACUGUGACUCUUAUCAAUCUUCCAUCAACAGACGAAGAAGACAAGACAUUAGCAGGAGGAGUGUUAGAUGCAAACUUUGUAGAGGAAUGUUCACCAGGAGUUACCUUGUCUGUUGUCGCGUUACCGCCAGCGAAUAACGACGAUGAAUUGAAUGAGAGUGGUUUGAUCGUGGUAGCACAUGGGGCGGGGCAAAGGUUACACUUAUCACUUCUAGAAGCACUUAAGCAACGAGCAUUACGAGGUUGCAGGGACAUAAGAACUAUACUAGAUCAAUCUGUGAGACAACAUUUAACUGCACAUCUACUUCCUUCUUUUCUGCAAAAUUCACUCGAGUAAAAGGAAAGUACGACGUAUGGGAGAUAUUACAUUGGUCAGUCCUGUGUAUAAGCAUAUACAAUUUUAAUAUGUUCAGUGAAAAUAUACAAUAGAAAAUAAUUUCUCUUACAGAA